GCCGGGUGGAUGGGAACAAACUUCGGAAGGAGGAGAGACGCGGGGGCCCAGGGCACCCUCGCGGGCGGACCCGGGAAGUGAGGGCCUGUGGCCGGCUGGCCAGGGCAGCGGCGUGGUGGCGGGCGCGGCGGGGACCUGCGUGAGGAAGCCCUGAGCCCUUGGCGGGCUGCGAGCGACUCCCCGGCGAUGCCUCACAACUCCAUCAGAUCGGGCCAUGGAGGGCUGAACCAGCUGGGAGGGGCCUUUGUAAAUGGCAGACCCCUGCCGGAAGUGGUGCGUCAGCGCAUCGUGGACCUGGCCCACCAGGGCGUGAGGCCCUGCGACAUCUCCCGCCAGCUCCGAGUCAGCCAUGGCUGUGUCAGCAAGAUCCUUGGCAGUAGGUACUACGAGACUGGCAGCAUCCGGCCUGGAGUGAUAGGGGGCUCCAAGCCCAAGGUGGCCACCCCCAAGGUGGUGGAGAAGAUCGGGGACUACAAGAGGCAGAACCCAACCAUGUUUGCCUGGGAGAUCCGAGACCGGCUCCUGGCCGAGGGCGUCUGUGACAAUGACACUGUGCCCAGUGUCAGCUCCAUCAACAGAAUCAUCCGGACAAAAGUGCAGCAACCAUUCAACCUCCCCAUGGACAGCUGCGUGGCCACCAAGUCCCUGAGCCCAGGACACACACUGAUCCCUAGCUCAGCUGUGACGCCCCCAGAGUCUCCUCAGUCGGAUUCUCUGGGCUCCACCUACUCCAUCAAUGGGCUCCUGGGGAUUGCCCAGCCUGGCAGUGACAGCAAGAGGAAAACGGAUGACAGUGACCAGGACAGCUGCCGGCUGAGCAUCGACUCCCAGAGCAACAGCAGCGGGCCCCGCAAGCACCUGCGCACGGAUGCCUUCAGCCAGCACCACCUGGAGCCACUCGAGUGCCCUUUUGAGCGGCAGCACUACCCGGAGGCCUACGCCUCCCCCAGCCACACCAAAGGCGAGCAGGGGCUCUAUCCGCUGCCCUUGCUCAACAGCGCCCUGGACGACGGGAAGGCCACCCUGACCCCUUCCAACACACCCUUGGGGCGCAACCUCUCUACUCACCAGACCUACCCCGUGGUGGCAGAUCCUCAUUCACCCUUCGCCAUAAAGCAGGAAACCCCCGAGGUGUCCAGUUCUAGCUCCACCCCUUCCUCUUUAUCUAGCUCCGCCUUUUUGGAUCUGCAGCAAGUCGGCUCCGGGGUCCCAGCUGGUGCCUCGGUCCCGCCCUUCAAUGCCUUUCCCCAUGCUGCCUCCGUGUACGGGCAGUUCACGGGCCAGGCCCUCCUCUCAGGGCGAGAGAUGGUGGGGCCCACGCUGCCUGGAUACCCACCCCACAUCCCUACCAGUGGACAGGGCAGCUAUGCCUCUUCUGCCAUCGCAGGCAUGGUGGCAGGAAGCGAGUACUCUGGCAACACCUACGGCCACACCCCCUACUCCUCCUACAGCGAGGCCUGGCGCUUCCCCAACUCCAGCUUGCUGAGUUCCCCAUAUUAUUACAGUUCCGCAUCAAGGGCGAGUGCACCGCCCACCACCGCCACGGCCUUUGACCAUCUGUAGUUGCCAUGGGGACAGUGGGAGCCACCGAGCCACAGGAGGACUCAGUCUGGGACAGGCCCCAGAGAGUCACACAAAGGAAUCUUUAUUUAUUACAUGAAAAAUAACCACAAAUCCAGCAUCGCGGCUCACUCCCUGUGUGGUGGAUUUAAUGAACCGUGAGAGACAGGACGACUCUGGAGAAGGCCGCACUGUCCUCCAAGACUCCUUAAUGAGGGCCCGGGAGUCCCAGGAAGAGAGAACCGCCCCCCCCCCCACCCCCGUUCCAAAGAGACAGAAUUGGAGGAGCGAUGUGGAGAGAAGAGGGGACAGCAAGGAGCUUGGGGGGGAUGGCACAGGGACCCACGACAACAGCGGGCUUGGGGGCCACACAGGCGCCUUUGUGGCUCCACCGUCGACCCGCUCUAGCAGUUGUGGGCUGGGAGGGCUUCUGUCCAGCCUACCAACCACAGGGGCGCGAAGGCCCUCCCCACCAACCACUCAGAGUCACCUUCUCUAUGCAGCUUGCUAGGCUCUUCCUGCCCCUCCCUCUGGGCCACGGGUUGAGGACUGGGUCUGGCCAAGCAGGAGCUCCACCUGGUGGUCACCGCCCUCGUAGCCGCGGCUGUGAAUGCAGCGCCAUCCCAGGAGCCCCUCCCCCAUUACAGACCAGCCUAUUGCCCCUAGAGACAGACAUUCCAAGGCGCCCGGGCUCCUGGGGGUGGGGUGCGGCCCAGGCCAGGGCGGGCCAGGAACAGCACCUGGAGACCUGCCUCUGCUCCCAGCGGCCCUGUCAAACCUGCUGCCGAAGGCGAAGCCCGCAGCUACCCAAGACACCUUAGGAUGACGCCCCCAAACCUGCCGUGGAGGUUCCCUCUCUGGCCCCACAGCUCCUCCCCGCCCCCAACCCCCAGGCCUGACUGUAAAUACUGUAAAUGAGGCUCUGCUUGAGUCAAGCUUCCCUCUUCCUCUCAGUGAAUUGUCUCCCUGCCUUAUUGGUCUUCUCUUCCUUGACGCUUCUUUCUUUUUUUAAAGAUCACCCACCAUUGCCACAUGACUCAAUAAACCAUUACUCUUGGUCUCCA